AAGCUGAAGGUCGUAGCAGCCGAAACUGUCUGUGGAGAACCCGUCAGCUGUGCUCGUUAGCUCGUUGUUCAGUGAAUAUUUGAUUUGCAAACACGAGAACCUCAGUUGGCAGUAAAUAGUAGGGAUAAGAUGGCUGGCAACGUCGUUAGGCCCGGCUCAUUAGCUGAUAAGUUUCAACGUUUGAAGCGUAUUGUUGAUCAAAGUGGUGGCUGGAAAGGUUUCCUUCUUCGUGCUGCAAGGAUUGACGAGGUCAAGGAAGGCAAACUGGUGGGCGUUGACAAGUUUGGGAACAAGUACUAUGAGAAUCCUAUGUACUUCCUGGGGCGCAAUCGGUGGGUAGAGUAUUCUGAACGAUAUGGGUAUGACUAUGAUGGCAGUCAAAUCCCGGCUGAAUGGUAUGGGUGGAUGCAUUAUAAGACCGAUAGGCUUCCAUCUGAGGACCCAACAAGACCAAAGUAUAAGUGGAUCAAAGAUCAUGAGGAAAACCCUUCUGGAACUGAGAAAGCCUACGUACCUUACAGCACUACUCGACCCAAAAUUGAGGCAUGGAAGCCACCUAAAGCAUAGCAAACUUAUAUUCAUUUUAGGCAAAACAUUGUGAAUGUGUGUAAAUAAUAAUAAUUAUUAUAUACCUGUGUAAUUUGAAAAACCAAUAAACAAAAGCCUAGGGGUAACCGUAAGCACAUUGAUAA